CAGUUUUCAUUCGUUCAGAACAUUUUCUUUUACUACAAUCUAAAAUUAGACCUAAAAAUUUUUUUUUUGGCAGAGGCGAUAUUUAUUAACGGUAUAAUCCAGGAUCAGUCUAGUAAUUGUAUAAUAUGGAUUACUUUGAGAAUGCACAAAUCGGUGGCUAUCGCAUUGAAAUGCCGUUCCCCCAGCUUUUUUAUCCCGAAAUGAAUUCCGUUAAUAAAAGCUUUGACCAAACGGCUAUUCCGAAUAUUGGCAGCUGUGGAAUCCAAAGUGAUUUUUAUGAUAGCGGCGUUAAGCCGAAUAUGGAGCAUCAAAUAGGGAACAUGUCUAACGUCAACUAUGGCCAUCGUCAUGUGUCAAAUAACCCCUUUUCCUAUCGGUGUGUGCAGCGUGAGAGCCGAAGAGCUCGUGAGAGGCGAGCCCGCAACGGCUUGUAUAGCCCAAUCGAGGGAUAUGACAAGCAGAGCGAGUAUCCAGAGUACACUGGAGAUCCCAUGGGUCAGUCGGUUACAGUCAACUCCCUUUGGCAGUAAAGGACGUACUCGAUGUCACAAUUGUAAAUAUUCAUAAAUAUAAGCUGCGUAUUGCUUAGAAGAUAUUUUUGUAGUAACAAGUGGACUUCAUAUUACUUGCUCAUUAGAAAAGUGAAUGGAUCAUGUAAAUAGUUGAAAAUUCUAAGCGCAUUUUUCAUAUUACCGC